AUGGUCGGCAAUGAGAUCGUCAAACACUGUCUCGCGGACGCGCGCAUCACAAAAGUCGUUAUUCUCACUCGAAAGGCCGUCUCGAUGGACAUCGAGAGUCACCCAAAGGCGGAUGUUAUCAUGAUUCAAGACUUCGCAAGGUAUUCAGAUCAGGUUCUGCGGCGACUUGAAGGGUCUUCGGCGUGUUUAUGGGCCAUUGGAGCACGGCCAGAUCAUCUCAGCCACGACAAGGCACUUCUUCACCACGUCAACGUGGAACUACCGCUCACGGCGGCAAAAACAUUGAGCGAGCGCAUAGCGCCAAAGACACCAGGAGGCAACAAGUUCAACUUUGUCCUGUGCAGCAACAAGACCAACUCAAAGGCAUCUUCACUGCUCUCGCUCGGGGACCCAAGGAAACCAAAGUCCGAGGCGGAGAAGGGUCUAUGCGAGAUUGCAGACGCCAGCCCUGAAACAUUUAGCGCUUGGAUCUUGAGACCCAGCGCCAUCGUCACCCCAGACGCGCCCAAGAAGAGAAGACUUGUAGGCGGUCGCUCGGCUCACGGCGUUGAAGUUGCGCAGAUGGCCAGGGCUUUUGUCAAGGUGGCCUGCGAGGGCUACAAGGAUCGCAUUAUUGAUAACGAUGCGCUGCUGAAAAUUUGA